GAUAGCAAAAGGAAAUCACAUUGGACAUUUGCAGGAUAACGAAAGGAAGUUAUAUCAGACAUUUGCAGGAUAACGAAAGGAAGUCACAUUGGGCAUUUGCAGGAUAACGAAAGGAAGUCACAUCGAACAUUUGCAGGAUAACGAAAGGAAGUCACAUCGACCAUUUGCAAUAGUGAAACCUUUCAACAGAAAGAAAAAUGACUGUUACUUUAGAGUUAACUAGUAAAGAAGAUGAAGCUGUUGAAGAACUACGAAGACGACUGAAGAAUAAUGUUAAACCAGAAAUGUACGAAGAUAAAAUGCUUUUCUAUAGAUUUGCAAAAGCUCGUGAUUUUAAUGUUGAUAAUUCGGAAACCAUGUUAAAGAAGCAUUUGGAAUGGAGGAAGGAAUGGGGAAUCGAAAGCAUAUUGACCGAUUAUAAAAAAAAUGAGGUUUCAGAAAAAUACCUUCCAACGACCGUUCUUGGUUACGACAAAGAGGGUUGCAUAGCGAGGUACGUUGCUGUCGGAAGAGUAGACUCGAAAGGUAUGUGUAUGUCAGUGAAACUCCCUGAAUUUCAGAAAUAUGUAUUUUACCUAAUGGAACACGACUUAGAGCUUAUGGAAAAACAAAGUAAAAAGCUAGGGAAAAGAGUGGACAAAUGUUUUUACAUAUUUGAUUUUGAAGAGCUUUCAUUUGCACAAGCUACAGACAGAAAAUGUAUUGAAGCUUUCAUAUCAAUAUUACUUGCUUACCAAAAUAAUUAUCCAGAGAGGCUAAAAGCAGCAGUGGCUAUUAAUGCUUCCAUGUAUUUUUCUCUGGCAUUCGCAGUCAUCAAAGCUUUCCUAACAGGGACUGUUCUAGAGAAGGUAUUCAUUUUCGGUACCGAUGGGUGGAAACAGGAACUAUUAAAAUACGUCGACGCUGAAGAACUACCUGCUUUUCUCGGCGGGAAGAAAAACGGUGCAAAUGGAGAUCCCAUGUGCAAAUCAUUCAUCAAUUUUGGCGGGAAAAUUCCAGAGAAAUACUACAUGCACAGGAGCAAAAGAUCCCUCGCUAAUAUACCAGGAGUGAAAAAAGUUGUGUUGGGGAGAGCGUCUUUCCACGAAGAAAAAAUCGGAGUAAAGGAACCCGGAUCUUUCCUCGAAUGGGAAUUCGAAACCAAAACUCGAGACAUCGGCUUUGGCGUCUUCUUAGAAGAAAUCAUCGCAGGCGAAGAAAAAAUUACUGAGCUAAUUCCGAUUCAGAGAAUAGAUACAGACGAAUAUGCUGAGACGGGCAUGUACAAAUGCGAAAAGGCCGGAAAAUAUGUCAUGAUUUUCGACAACACCUACAGUUGGCUGAGGUCAAAAGAAAUAUACUUUAAAACUGCAGUUAUUAGUCCGAAAGAGCAGAACGAGAGGAGUUUAAAGUAAUAAUAGUGAGUUGGCUACGAAGAAAAGGUCGCUGUUCUUUAGACCAUUCGAAGGGGAGAACAUUGGAUCUCUUGUCCCUAGAGCAUUUGUUGUACAUAGACUUUUAUCUUGUAAAAUAUGAACUAUAUAAUUAUUUGCCUGCCAUCAUUUUAAUUUGUAUCAUUUUUAUAAAAGAUGAUUAUGUAAUAAUCACUGAAAUUUUUAUUUUGUUGACUCAUUUUUUUAUAAUUAAUACAGUAGACGGAUGUUUUUUAAUAAUUGCAACAGUCUUUUUUUUUGUCAGUAAUAUCAAGAGUAAAGAAGAGUGUUCAGCUACAAGAAUCUGUUGCUUUUGAUGGUUUAUUGAUCUUUUAUCUUUACUAAUAAUAAAGC